UACAAGACCCACCGCUCCCACCGCCGACGAGGUUCAAUAUUGUACCCUUUGCAUAUUUGCACGAGCAACAACGAUCGACAUAAUUGCCAUUGUGGUGAAUUGUGGCUCGAUAAAGUAUGCUGGCGCUAAUAGUAACAAGUGUAGUGAAAUCAUCGUAAUGAAUACCGAUAUGAGGCCUACUAUCCUUACGCUGUGGGAAGACUUCGCCGACGCUGAUGGAAGCAUCCUCGCUGCACAGGUUGCUGAAUAUCCAAUAAUUGUAGCAAAACGAAUUACGCGAACCAACUAUGCUGGAUUAUCAUUGUCGACAAGGUACAACUCGGUCAUACUGAUAAAUUCACCAUAUCCUCAAGUUGGAAGACUUCUAAACUGGGUCAGAGACAACCGACCAAGAUUGAUGAGAUACAGUCAGCAAAAUUCUUUGGCGGUUGAUUGGUCUCUGGUGCCUGCGGCAGAACACAAUGAUACUGUCCCAAUUGCUGAUAUCCAGUCACAACCUCACAUACAACUCUUUUACGUGGAAGGUAAAUUAUCACUGCCGACUCACGACCAAGAUUUCUAUGAAUUACUGUGUUCCCACUGCGGGCGGCAGUACAGAACUCAUUCGCCAAAAAUUAUUCAUUGUGCGAGCUGCAAGCAACGUACGAUGUUAACAUCCGGUAUUGCGGCUUCGACUACGAACUUAAUAAAAUAUGUUUGUUCGACAUCUUCAAACAAAAAAAGGUUUCUGUCAUUGGCUUUAUGAAAAUCAAAUAACGUAAAUUAAUUGCA